AUGAAAGCGCGUCUUGCGUCUGCAGUGGAGCACAAGACUCCCGUUUCGCUUUCUACUGGCGACUUGGUCAUGGUCAAAACAGAAUUAGCUCGUGAUGACGAUUAUCGUCAACCUCUUCAUCGAGAAGCUAGUAUUCAAGAUGUAUUGGCAUGUCUAUUAGACCAACAGCCACCGUCUGCACGGAUGAUGAGCUCGCAGAACGCAGGCGGGAGCUUUCUUGUUCACUCAGAGAAUGCGAAACAGGAAGCUGACUAUAAGCCAUCGUUGAAAAAACUCUUGAGUUCUAAUGAUUUUUCGAUGACGGAGAAGAAAGAGAGUCUUCGGCAUUUGCUCAGUUUUAUUGACACUUCGUUUGCUAGUAAUACGCCUGAGCCAUUAACACAAGUGUACAAAGACUGUGAGGCUGGGACUCUCCAGCGACUCUCUAGUCUCCAACUCAUGCGGAACUUUAUGUCGCCAAAUUCACAACAGAAUGCUGGAACCGCAACGGAUAGCGGUAUGGGUAUGCGCACAACAAGCUUUGAAAUUAUUCAAGCCAUGCUGAAUGCUACAUCGAAUCAAGCUCUUCAGAAACCUAUGACGAGUCAAGAUAGUUUUCGGUUUCAGCAUUUAGCAAGAACAUUAGAAUCUAUUGAGACGGAUGUAUCUGCGAUUGAUAAUGACGAUUAUGGAGGUGAUGAUGUAGUACAAGUGGAUAAUCUCGAUCAUUUACUGGAUUACCAUGGCUCGAAUUCUAGCAAUAUGUCGGCGACUACGACCACAACAAGUACACAAGGCCAGUCAGUGGGAUUUGUGGAUACCCAAACUCUUGUCAACCCUUCGCGUAACAUAUACACGGAGAAUUCUCCCUCAACUAGCAACAUGUCAACGUUCAUGACCUAUACACAGCCAAUAAAUAAUCAUCAAGACUAUAAUCCAACGGUGUCCACACCAGCGAAUUUGCCAACCAUGGGUAUGAUACACCACAUGUCGAGUCUAUCAUACCAGGAACAACAACAACAGCAAAAUUUAUUGCAGCAACAAUUACUGCGUCAGGAACAACAACAGAAGCAACAACAGCAGUACAAUCAAUUGUAUCAGAACGCUGUGCUGCACCAGCAACAACAGAAUGGUCUCAUGUUGUCUACCCCAGGGUAUGCUGGUGCAAACCCACCUAUGCCUCAAUUUCCGAAUAUGCUGAUGAAACCAGGCGCUGCCAUGCUUUGCCAAAAGCCACAGCAUUUACGAAGUGGUAGUCUAACGCAGCAGAUGCGAAUAGCAACACAGAAUGGCAAAUCGGUCAAGACUGAUGUAAAUGGGACUCAAUUAUGCUCGGCUCUGGGCUGCAAUCACGCAGCUCGUGUGAAAGGCAUGUGCAAGCUGCACGGAGGAGGUCGACGAUGCAAGGUUGAAGGGUGUAUGAAAAGUGCUCAAACUGGUCACUUAUGCAUUGCUCACGGUGGUGGCAAACCGUGCAAUGUCGAAGGUUGUCCCAAGACAGCACAGUCGCGAGGAUUGUGUAAACAGCAUGGAGGUGGUGUCCGAUGCAAGUAUGAAGGUUGUACUAAGAGCUGUCAGUCGGGUGGAUUCUGUCGCGGCCACGGCGGUGGGAAGCGAUGUGAAUUUCCAAAUUGUACUAAGUGGGCACAGAAGAAUGGCCACUGUGCCAAACACGCACAGGAAAUUGCUGCACAACAAUUACAGCAACAGCAGGCGAUUCAGGCGCAGAUGUACCAGCAGCUUGUACAUCCCUAA